AUGGGGGAGAGUAAUCGACGUUUUCUUGUCAAAUGGUUUGAUUCAUUUGUUUGGUUGGAGUAUAGUAAAGAAAAAGAUGCUGCAUUUUGUCUUCAAUGUUAUCUUUUUAAAUGCGACUUUGAUAAACAAGGAAAGGCUGGCAGCGAUAACUUCACUAAGAAAGGGUUUAAAAAUUGGAGGAAGGGACCCGAGAAUUUUAGGGAGCAUGUUGGACAAGUUGGAAGUCUUCACAAUAAAGCUGCACAACAUUGUACAGAUUUAAUGAAUCAGAAGCAACACGUUGAAACCAUUGUGAUCAAGCAGACAAACCAAGCUCGUAUUAAUUAUCGCAUUCUAUUAACUGCCGCACUUGAUUGCACUAGAUAUUUAUUGCGACAAGGUCUUCCUUUUCGCGGCCAUGAUGAAAGUGAAAAAUCUAGCAAUAAGGGUAAUUAUGUGGAGCUUUUGCAAUUUCUUGCCGAUCAUGAUGAGAAAGUUCGUGUCGUUGUGUUUGAGAACGCUCCAGGGAAUCUCAAGUAUAUUGCUCCUAAAAUUCAAAAAGAUCUUGUCAAUUCUUGUGUCGCUGAAACCAUUGAUGCAAUUAUUAGUGAUAUGGACGAUGAAUACUUUUCUAUAUUGGUAGAUGAAUCACGUGAUGUUUCAAUAAGAAAGCAAAUGGCGGUGGUGUUGCGUUAUGUGAACAAAAAAGGGCAAGUAAUUGAAAGGUUUGUGAGUGUCCAAUAUGUCUCUGAUACGACUUGUAGCAAAUUGAAAGAGGCAAUUGAGCAGUUGAUUUCUUCAACAAAUUUGAGCAUGUCCAAACUACGAGGACAGGGGUAUGAUGGCGCUAGUAAUAUGAGAGGUUGUCAAUAUCUAGCUUUUAAUUGA